CCCACUUUCACCUUACAGCACCUUUCCGCUUUCUUUGCUUUCGCUCUUGAUCUAUCUUUCGUGUUUUCAACAUCAUGGCCUCCUCCAUGGAAUUCACCGACAAGACCCAAGAAACCAUUGCCGCUGCAGUCCAGAUUGCCAGGGAUUACGGCAACUCUCAAGUUAUCCCCGCUCAUAUAGCUUUUGCGCUAUUGAAUGAGAGUGCAGGGCAGCAAGGCGGACACUCACUGUUUACCUCUGUCAUUCAAAAAGCAGGCGGUGAUCCUAUUACUGUGCAACGGGCUCUCCACAAGAUCAUUGUCCGCACUCCCUCUCAGCAACCCGCGCCUGAUGAGGUCAAUUUCGGUCCAGCGGCCACAAAGAUCCUCCGGGAAGCUCAGUCGAUACAGAAGACAAUGCACGACUCGUACAUUGCUCAGGACCACCUCCUUCUUGCCACUAUCAAAGAAUCGUCCAUCUCCCAGGCCCUCAAGGAGGUUGGGCUGACUGAGGCCGCGCUCAAGACCCAGAUCGACGCCAUUCGGGGUAAUCGCCGCGUAGAUAGCAAGAACGCGGAGCAGGGCUUUGACGCGCUCAACAAGUACGCCACAGAUCUCACUGCAAUGGCUGCAGAGGGAAAGAUCGAUCCUGUUAUCGGUCGUGACAACGAAAUUCGCCGCGUCAUUCGCAUCCUUUGCAGAAGGACAAAGAACAAUCCCGUUCUAAUCGGUGAACCCGGCGUCGGUAAGACCUCCAUUGCAGAAGGUCUUGCUCAGCGUAUCGUCAACCGCGACGUUCCCGCUUCUCUCUUUGGGCGCCUGUACUCGCUCGAUAUGGGUGCUCUCAUGGCUGGUGCCAAGUACAAGGGCGAAUACGAAGAGCGUAUCAAGUCCGUCCUGAACGAAGUCGAGAAGGCAGCUGACGAAGGCACCGGCAUUAUCCUCUUCAUCGACGAGCUGCACCUGAUCAUGGCCGGUAGCGGCUCAGAAGGCGGAGGUAUGGACGCCGCAAACCUGUUCAAGCCGCUCCUCGCUCGGGGCAAGCUGCGGUGCAUUGGCGCAACCACCCUCGCCGAGUACCGCAAGUACAUUGAGAAGGACGCCGCUCUCGAACGUCGGUUCGCUCAAGUCCUUGUCAACGAACCAAGCGUUCUCGAGGCCAUUUCCAUCCUCCGUGGCAUCCGGGAGAAGUACGAGGUCCACCACGGUGUCCGCAUCCUCGACGGUGCCUUGAUUCAAGCUGCGACCCUCGCCCACCGCUAUCUCACAUCAAGGCGUCUCCCUGACUCGGCCAUCGACCUGGUUGAUGAAGCGUGCGCUAGUGUUCGUGUCACCCGUGAGACUUCUCCCGAAGCUAUCGACAAGCUCCAGCGCCGCAAGCUCGAGCUCGAGGUUGAGAUCCAUGCACUUGAGCGCGAGAAGGACGAAGCUUCGAAAGAGCGUCUCAAGAUCGCGCGCAAGGCGAUUGCCGACGUUGGCGACCAGCUCCAGCCGCUCCUUGCGCAGUAUGAAGCUGAGAAGGCCCGCGGUGAAGAAGUCAACCAGGUUCGCAGGAAGAUCGACGAGCUCAAGGCCAAGGCCGACGAAGCCGAGCGCCGUUACGACCUCGCAACCGCCUCCGACCUCCGGUACUACGCUCUGCCCGACCUCCAAACCCGCCUGGAAAGGCUCGAAGCCAAGAGGGCAGAAGAGCAGGCCGAGGGGGGAAGCGAUACAGUCACGCCCGACCAGAUCGCCGAGAUUGUUGCUCGCUGGACCGGCAUUCCAGUGACUCGGUUGAUGUCGACGGAGAAGGAGAAGCUAUUGAGGAUGGAGAAAAUCCUUGCGGAGAGUGUGGUCGGUCAACCUGAGGCCGUCAAGGCUGUUGCCAACGCCAUUCGUCUCAGUCGGUCUGGCUUGCGAAACGCGGCUCGUCCUAUUGCAAGUUUCUUGUUCGCAGGUCCGUCUGGUACCGGUAAGACCUUGAUGACCAAGACGCUCGCGACUGUGCUCUUUGAUUCGCCAGAGGCCAUGAUCCGUAUCGACGGCUCUGAAUACUCGGAGAAACACUCUAUCGCUCGUCUCAUCGGUGCUCCACCAGGCUACGUCGGCCACGACCAGGGUGGUCAGCUCACCGAGUACAUCCGCCGUAAACCGUACUCGGUUGUGCUCAUCGACGAGAUCGAGAAGGCGUCCCGAGAGUUUGUGCAGCUCUUCCUGCAGGUCCUCGACGACGGCCGGUUGACGGACGGCCAGGGCCGCGUCGUCGACUUCCGGAACACGAUCAUCGUCAUGACGAGCAACCUCGGCGCGUCCUUCCUGAACGACAUGGGCGACGGGCCUGUGAAGCCGCAGACGCGGCAGCUUGUCAUGGGCGCGAUCCAGGCGCACUUCCCGCCCGAGUUCGUGAACCGGAUCGACGACAUCGUCGUCUUCCGCGCGCUCUCGCGCCGGAACAUACUCAAGAUCGUCGACCUCCGGCUCGCGGAGGUCCAAGAGCGCCUCGAGGACCGCAAGAUGCGGCUCGUGCUCGACGACGAGGCGAAGCAGUACCUCGUCUCGAUCGGCUACUCGCCGCAGUACGGCGCGCGUCCGCUCAACCGCGCGAUCCAGACAGACCUGCUCAACCCGCUCUCGGUCAUGAUCCUCUCCGAGCAAGUCCUCCCUGGCGAGACCGUCCAGGUCAAGUUUGACGGCCCACACAACAGGCUGGCUAUCAUUCCGAAUCAUGAGGGCAACCAGGCUGAAGGCAUGGACGUUGACUGGAACGAUGUCGACGACGACAUUGAGAUUGAGGAAAUGGACUAAAAGUACACAGUGCAGAGGACAGCAACAUUUUCUGUAAUUUAAUGUAGAUCAUGUCAUGUGGAGAUUAUUGUACCAUAGCUUCAUUCGAUGUAACGAUAGCAAUUAGACCCUGAACGAAAAGUAUCUUAGC